AUGUCCACUCCGACUAGACCUCAAUAUCGUCAAUACCCAUCUUACACUCCUAACCAUAUCUCGUCCUCUCCAAACCCAAGAUCUUUCAAUGAUCCGUCAUACGAUAAUUCUUCAUACCAUGAACCUCGACCAUAUGGUUCACCUCUACAAGUCGGAAAUCAUUCUUAUCUUUCACCUAACUGGGAUAAUCCUCGAGACCACAACCAAUCUCAAUUCUAUCAUCCGUCACCCGACGCUGGAUCUCCGUUUCUCGUUCCGAGACAGACUUCUCAUGCAGGAGAGAACCAUCCAUCCCACUUCCCCCAGUCACGCACCAUCCAUAAGAAUGUUUUGCGUAAACCCCGGCCGACAGAUAAAUUCACCUACAAGCCUGAAUCAUCUGAAUCACUUGCUCCACUCGGUCCAUCAUAUGGCUCCUUAAUCCGACCGACUAUCGUAGGACACCAUCAAAUCCGAGAUUCUCAUUUAUCUUUCGAAUCAAUUCCUGGUUCAUCUCACUCACUUUAUGGUCAACAACCUAUACCUUCUCCCCCUCAUUCACGGUUUGAUUCAAACCCGAACACCUUUGCCCUCCUACCUAAUCCCGAAACACCUCGUAAUGCUGUCUCUGCCUCAACGACGAUCAACCCGAUCCCUCAUAUCCGUCCACCUUCCCCAGAUGGUAGAGAGAGAGAAGCGGAGAAAUCAUUUAACGCAAUGAUGGUCAUGGGUGGGUUUUCCCUCCCUCAAAUAUCUGACUGGGCGUCGAGAGGUCCACGAGAGGAAGGAGGAGUGAUGGUAGAAAGGAUGGAGAGAGGGAGGGAAGUGGACCGGGUGAUGAAUGAGGACGGGUGGGGGGAACAUAUUGGGAGGGCGUAUACCUAUGAGGAAUGGGAAGAGAGGAAGGAAAGAGAAGAUAGGUUAUGGAGGGAAUUAUAUCAGCUCAAGAUGGGGUUUCGAGGAGGAGGGUUUGAAGAGGGUGAGGAUGAGGUGCAGGGAGAGGAACAGUGGGGGGGUGAGGAGGAAGAGAGGGGGAAGGGAAGGGAGGAAAUGCGGAGGAAGAGUCUGACAUUGGGUCAUUCAGCCUGA